AUGGCGACGCAGGACCAUCUGCCGGAAGACCUGGUGGUCGAGAUUCUUUCGUGGCUUCCAGCUAAAUCUCUGGUCCGAUUCAAGUCUGUUUGUAGGUCUUGGUACGUUACAAUCACCGACCAUAACUUUGCACACAAGCAUUUUUCAAAUUCAUUUCCGAAUCACAUUCUUCUGAAGCGUCUUGUUACGAGUGAGUCUAAUAAUAAGGAGUACGUAUAUUCCUUUCUCCCGUAUCCCCUUCACCUAUCUGGCUCGGUUUUGAAUAUCUUUUAUCCAUACCUUUGUUACUAUCCUGAUGAAUGUGAGAUAUCGAAUUACGACAUCCGCGGCCAUUCUCAUGGCUUAGUUUGUCUCAGCGAUCUCUAUACAGGCAUUUACCUGUGGAAUCCUUCAACCGCAGAUAUUCGAGAACUUCCGCCCACGAUUAUUCUCGCCGAACCAGCGCUUACUUCUGUUACCAAUGCUGUUGGAUUCGGGUACAAUUCGAAAACUGGGGAUUUAAAAGUAGUUAGGGUUAUGUAUCAUGCGGAUAUGACGGAUAUGGUGCGUUUUAUUGAAGUGGAUCAUCUUCCUAGGGUAGAAAUCUUCGAUUUAAGUAAAAACAGAUGGAGAGAAAUUCAAACCCCUGUUUGUGGCUUUGUAAUUUGGAACCCUUCGUUUGAGAUGUAUUACGAAGGAAUGUUUUACUGGUGGGCGGAGGACGAUGAUACUGAAUUUAUAUUGUCGUUCGACAUGAGUGAGGAGGUGUUUGGACGAAUUUCGGUGCCGGAGAGUUUUGAGCUAGAUGAUGAGAAGUAUAGAAGUGCUGGGACUCUGAAUGGAUCCAUGGUUUUGUUUCACUACCCGAAGAGUGGAGAUGAAAGAAGGUUCGACAUUUGGAAAAUGGAGAAGGAUUUUGUUGGGGUUUCAUGGACAAAGGUAUUCACAAUAGCCCCUGGUUUUGGAAUUGAGAAGCCACUGGCGUUUGUGAGCUCUGCUGAGUUGUUAAUGGAGGCCAGCGAAGGGCAGGUGGUUUUGCACAACAUCAACACCCAAGAGGUCAAGGAUAUUCCAAUGGAAGGGAAUCCUCCGGCCACGUUCAUCCGUGCAGUAGUUUUCAUUCAGAGUUUGUUCUCGGUGAUGGGAGGAAACAAUAUCGCUUAUUGA